UUGAUGGAAAAGAAUGAUAUAAAUAUUCUUAAAGAUAAGGAAUUUCACCACAGUAGAGAGGUGUUAUCCGCGAAAAGAAAGCACUUGAAGUCACAGGGACUUGGAAACAAAAAGCUGAAAGCAGAUCCAUUCUCAUCCACUGAAAUAGAUAUGUUAUUUGAACAGAAUCUCCUAGGAACAGGUAGGUUUAUGCAAUAUUAUCCUGUGACUGUGCAUGUACAUAUUAAAAAUGAUAAUGAUAUCAGCUUCAAAAAUAUAUCUUUAAGUUUAAACCAGCUAAAAAGAUUAUAAAGAAAACCAUUUGCAAAGUUUGUUAAUAAGCCAUGCCAGGCAACAUCAACAUAGUUUGUCAUACAUGUUUCAAGACAGUGAACUGGUAUAAUUUUUGGAAAAUGUGCUUCAGUCUUCUAUAUAGUGUCAUUAUUGAAUGUAAACAAUUUCUAGUGUACCUUUUUAAUUAUCCUAAUCUUAACUCUCAAUUCUUACUUUUAGGCACCCCUGAGGCACUACUUAAUACCAUAUGGUUAAACAAUACUUUGAACUGUGGUAUGAGGGGAAGGAAGGAGCAUAUUGACAUGUUUUUUGGAGACAUAAAAAUGAUGACAACAGCGAGUGGUGAACAAUAUUUGGAGUACAAUGAAAGGCUGACCAAAACCAGGACAGGAAACAGUGACAGCAGAGCAUUUGCACCUAAAAUGUUUGCAACACCAGGUAAUCCACGCUGUCCAGUCAAUGCUUUCAAACAAUAUAUUCGCCGCCGCCCUGAAGAUGCUCUGACUCCAGACAGUCGCUUUUAUCUAAGUAUAAAACGGAUAAUACAACCUGAUGCCAUUGAAAAUGCUAAACAAACAUGGUUUAUCAUGCAGCCAUUGGGAAAAAAUACUCUAGGAGAUUUAGCAAAAAAAAUGUCUAUGAAAGGUGGUCUUAUAGGAAGAAAAGUUAACCAUAGUGUUCGCAAGACUACAGUUUCCUCACUUCUUCACUCCAAUGUAGAGGCUACUACAGUCAUGCAGUUGACAGGCCAUAAGAAUGUUGCUUCAGUCAAUGAGUAUAGUUCAGCAUCCUUACAGCAACAGCAAACUAUGUCUAAUAUUUUAUCUGAUAUUGGUCCAGGAAGCCGAGGAUUAUUACCACACGAACCAACUUCAAACACUAGUUUUGAAGCCAAACCUGCAGAUUUUCUUGAGGAUGAUAUUUUUGACAGUAUUGAACUAAAUGAAGUCUGCAAAACAAUAGAAAAUUUUGAAUCUGCAGAAAAAAAUGUAAAAAUAACCAGUGGAAAAUGCCACAUUUUUCCAUUCUUCCACAAGGUUCUAUUGGAAAUGUUACAAUUAACAUUUAUAACUCUGAAAAAUAAGAUUAUUGUUAUAUAUGUGUUGAAUUUUUCACAUCACUUUAUUUUUUCACUGUGAUACAAAUUUUGUA